ACAACUCAACACAAGGUAUGUAGUCUUUCCAUCUCUCUGACCCGGCCCAUUCCAUGAUGUAUUCAAAAUUAUAGCAUGUAUUAUCCGACCGUCGCUUCGGCGAUAGACUGCGGAUCACAAUUUUCCUGAUUGAAAACUUUUACUCUUCCACGCGCUCUACAAUGCUCCAGGACACGUCUCUAAUACGUCUCAGUAGGCACCAUGGCACCAGGCAAAGCACCUGCAGGCCACUUCUCCAUCCUCUACUUCGCAGCGGCGUCUACCUUUACCGGCAAGACAAGCGAACAUUUGCCCGCUCCAGUACGAGCCCGCCAUGUCUUCACCAUGCUUGAAGAGAGGUAUCCAGGGAUCGGAGACAAGGUUCUGAGCAGCUGCGCCGUGACGGUGAACCUAGAGUAUGUCGAUAUUGGUGAGGAAGAUGCAGAGCAGCAGAUUGAGGAGGGUGAUGAAGUGGCCAUUAUCCCACCUGUAAGCUCUGGGUAGGUGCACAUGUAUACGUGUAUGGCCAUGGCAUGAAAGACAUUUUGAGAUAGCUACACAUUGUAAUGUAAUGAAAAUUAAGGUCAUUUUGCUUUAA